GCUGAAGACAGACUCUGUCCUCGACCCCUCUCUGUGGGCGGACUCAGACGCAUCAAUAGACUUUGGAGCCGCGUCACUUAGGAAUCCCGUGGGUAGCCAGAGCUAUCACCCGUACACAGUGUUCUUUCCAGCUUACAGGAGACACUGACUCUAUCAAAGAAAAUACUUCUGGAUGGCUUCCAGUCACCCGGUCCCAGUAACAAGAGGCAAGACACAGAGCUGUCAGCCAGUCCGGAGUCCCCUCCAGAGCAUUUGGAAGGACCCGUCUUCCGCCAGAAGUGAACCCAACACACGCAGAGCCAAGCAUGAGGCUGGGGAUUCUCCUGCUCAUCAUGUUCGCCUGUGGGGCUGCGGUGCUUCUGCCCGUGCUGGGAAGCUUCAGGAACAAAGAGGUUGAAGAAAAAGAAACGGAACAGUGCUGGGUGCAGCCGCCAUCAAAGUACUGUGAGAAAAGGUGCACGAAGUCCCUGAGCUGCUUAAUUCCAAAUCACACGUGCUGCUGGACUUACUGUGGAAACAUCUGCCUGGACAAUGAAGAACCCAUGAAAACCAUGCUAAACCCCUAGGUUCUGUGUGACCCGCCCCAGGCGUGGGCUGCAGGAUGGCUGUGUGGUCUGGGAGAACGCUGCCUGGUGGGACACGUGCUUGCUUCAGCUGAGGAUCUUGCUGGAAUCUCCUCGAUCUCUACAUCCUGCAAAGGUUCAAGGUUUUUCCCAAAUAAACUAAUACAUCAAUCAUAA